UGUCUCCCCCCUUGGCUAAUGCAGGUGUUUGGGUUCCUUUUGCAGGCUGACGGAGCCAGUGCGGCUGGACGGAAAAGCACGGCGAGCAGGGAGCGCUUGAAGCGCAGCCAGAAGAGCGCCAAGGUGGAGGGGCCGGAGCCCGUGCCGGCCGAGGCCUCGCUGAGCGCCGAGCAGGGAACGAUGACGGAGGUGAAGGUGAAGACAGAGGUGCCUGACGACUACAUCCAGGAGGUGAUCUGGCAGGGCGAGGCCAAGGAGGAGAGCAAGGCUGUCAGCAAGGAUGGGACCGGCGACGUGCCCGCCGAGAUCUGCGUGGUGAUCGGCGGCGUCCGCAACCAGCAGACCCUCGGGUCCUAUGAGUGUGGAAUCUGUGGCAAGAAGUACAAGUAUUACAACUGUUUCCAGACCCACGUACGCGCACACCGAGGUGAGGAGACCCCAGGAGGAGAGGGGGCGUCCCCCACAGACAAUUUCAGGUACACGUGCGACAUCUGCGGCAAGAAGUACAAGUACUACAGCUGCUUCCAAGAGCACCGAGACCUGCACGCCGUGGAUGUGUUUAGUGUGGAAGGGGCCCCCGAGAAUCGGGCAGACCCCUUCGACCAAGGCGUCGUGGCCGCUGAAGAGGUGAAGGAGGAACCCCCGGAACCAUUCCAGAAAAUCGGGCCAAUGAACAAUAUUACAUCAGAAAUUUUUAAGAAGAAAGAAGUUAGGCAGACCCAAAAGAGAGAAACCGGCAAUUACACCUGUGAAUUCUGCGGAAAGCAGUACAAGUACUACACACCCUACCAGGAGCACGUGGCCUUACACGCCCCCAUCAAAAGCGCUUUCAGUCGGAGAGUAGAGAGCAAAGCACAAAACCACUUUGAAGAGACGAACAGCAGUUCCCAAAACUCCAGCGAACCCUACACGUGUGGCGCCUGUGGGAUCCAGUUCCAGUUCUACAACAACCUGCUGGAGCACAUGCAGUCCCAUGCGGCGGACAACGAGAACAACAUCACCUCUAACCAGUCCCGAUCGCCACCUGCUGUUGUGGAAGAGAAGUGGAAACCCCAGGCCCAGAGGAACAGCGCCAACAACACCACGGCCAGCGGUUUAACAUCCAACAGCAUCAUCCCUGAGAAGGAGCGGCAGAACAUCGCAGAGCGGCUGCUGCGGGUCAUGUGCGCUGACCUGGGAGCGCUGAGCGUGGUGAGUGGGAAGGAGUUCCUGAAACUGGCCCAGACGCUGGUGGACAGUGGCGCCCGCUACGGGGCUUUCUCCGUCACCGAGAUCCUGGGCAACUUCAACACGCUGGCGCUGAAGCACCUGCCGCGCAUGUAUAACCAGGUGAAGGUGAAGGUGACGUGUGCCUUGGGCAGCAACGCCUGCCUGGGCAUCGGCGUCACCUGUCACUCGCAGAGCGUGGGCCCCGACUCCUGCUACAUCCUCACUGCCUACCAGGCCGAGGGCAACCACAUCAAGAGCUACGUGCUGGGCGUGAAGGGAGCGGACAUCCGUGACAGCGGCGACCUGGUGCACCACUGGGUGCAGAACGUGCUGUCAGAGUUCGUGAUGUCGGAGAUCAGGACAGUGUACGUGACGGACUGCCGGGUGAGCGCGUCCGCCUUCUCCAAGGCCGGCAUGUGCCUCCGCUGCUCAGCCUGUGCCUUGAACUCGGUGGUGCAGAGCGUGCUGAGCAAGCGGACGCUGCAGGCCCGCAGCAUGCACGAGGUCAUCGAGCUGCUCAACGUGUGUGAGGACCUGGCGGGAUCCACCGGCCUCGCCAAGGAGACCUUCGGGUCGCUGGAGGAGACCUCGCCGCCGCCCUGCUGGAACUCGGUCACGGACUCGCUGCUGCUGGUGCACGAGCGCUACGAGCAGAUCUGCGAGUUCUACAGCCGGGCCAAGAAGAUGAACCUCAUCCAGAGCCUCAACAAGCACCUGCUCAGCAACCUGGCGGCCAUCCUGACGCCGGUGAAGCAGGCGGUCAUCGAGCUGAGCAACGAGAGCCAGCCCACCCUGCAGCUGGUGCUGCCCACCUACGUCCGGCUGGAGAAGCUGUUCACGGCCAAGGCCAACGACGCGGGCACGGUCAGCAAGCUGUGCCACCUCUUCCUGGAAGCCCUCAAGGAGAACUUCAAGGUGCACCCGGCGCAUAAGGUGGCCAUGAUCCUGGACCCACAGCAGAAGCUGCGGCCGGUCCCGCCGUAUCAGCACGAGGAAAUCAUCGGCAAGGUGUGUGAGCUCAUCAACGAGGUCAAGGAGUCCUGGACGGAGGAGGCCGACUUCGAGCCCGCCGCCAAGAAGCCGCGCUCUGCCGCCGGCGAGAACCCCGCCGCUCAGGAAGACGAUCGGCUGGGCAAGAACGAGGUGUACGAUUACCUGCAGGAGCCCCUCUUCCAGGCCACCCCCGAUCUCUUCCAGUACUGGUCGUGCGUGACCCAGAAGCACACGAAACUCGCCAAGCUGGCCUUCUGGCUCCUCGCGGUCCCGGCCGUGGGGGCCAGGAGUGGGUGUGUCAGUAUGUGUGAGCAGGCGCUUCUCAUCAAAAGGAGGCGACUGCUCAGCCCCGAAGAUAUGAACAAACUCAUGUUUCUGAAGUCCAACAUGCUUUAAGACUUCUACUUCCGAACAAAAGAAAAGCGAGAGAGAACGGUAGGGGAAAAAAAAUUUACACAACACUGUUGCCAACAAAGGAAAAGAGUUUAAGUUCUAAACACUGUGGACCUCAUUCUAAACGCCCCCUGGAAACUUAAGUGCUUUUUCCAGUGUGUGUGUGCAUGUGUGUGUCCCAGCACGCGGACCGUGGGUGCGGGCGCGAGGCUCUUUUGCUCAUCUGCGUGGCCGCCGUAGCUUCGCGCACGCGUGCACACACAUACUACCCUGGUGCAUGUCCACGCCUGCUCGUGGGCGCGUGUGCAUUAAACUGGGCGUGUCGGGAAAGCCGAGGGUGUGGGAAAGAGGGAAAACGCUCACCUCGUCUCCUCGGCAAGGGGCUUCGAAGACUUGGUUUUCAGGUGCGCAGGUUGGUAGGACGCCGAUGUUGCAACGUGUUCAGGCAGCUGAGAUCUGAAGUGACUUGACGCGCUCUGUCCUCAGCCCACGGUCCCCCUUUUCCCUUCAUGCCCCCUCCCCCCAGCCCUCCUCACCCUAAGGCGCCCUCCCCGGCUGCCCUGCGAUGGAUUCUCCAAACCGCAUCAGAUGGACAGUUUCUGCACUGGACUUUGUUCUUGUUCACCUUCAGGGCAUUGAGCAGCUGCCUUCGAGACACUGGCGGGUGUCACGGGGCAGCCGCCUUAGAAACACACCUAUCUAUCUCCCCAGAUCAGGAAAGGAGACUUUAAGAAUAGAAAGCUGACUUUUGGCUUUUUAAUAUAAGAAGAAAAAAAAAAGACAUAUUUCAGAGAAGUAUAGAUACUAUCUCCACUCCUUAAUUCUCUUCCUAACAUUUUAGCCGUUUUUACCUUUUGGUUUUGUUUUUUUCGAAUUUGAUUUAGACUCUGCUAGGAGGCACUGAAUGUCUAUAACUUAUGUUUUGAAGGUUUUUGUUUUUUUUUAAUUGCCAUUUUUGUUCCUCAAGUCACACUGUAAACGAGCUCAUCUCAGUGGUCUAUUCGCUCUCCUCCGGUUCCCAUUAGCCUUCCCUGUACGGUCCCGUGUCUGUGUAUUUGAACAGCCAGGACCACGCCCUGGUCUGUGCUGUGUGGAGACCAGGAGCGGGGUUGGAGUCACAGGUUCCACGGGGGUGGGGUUCGGUGGAAGCCAUAGGGACGCCUGUGGGUUAGGAUUUCUCCUGAAUGUAAGUGGAGGCCCGCCCUCCUGGCUCGCCGCGUCCGGUACUGCGAAUGUCCGACUGAUAUACCCAGAGUGCGUUACACUACUCACCACAUCACUGACACUCUCAGCUCAGCAGGGACUCAGCAGGGACUCCUGAGCUGACCCACGUUCACGUCCGUCACACCUCAGACCCACCGCCUCCCCACCCCUCCCCAGGACCCCAGGGGUUCCGGUGGGUCCGUUGCCCACAGCCCUGGGGUCCCCGCACUCGAGCCUCAGCCCUCCUUCCAGUACAGUAGUUGCGCACGGUGCCUUGUGGGCCAAACGAUUGAUGUAUGGAGGGUGGAAUGGCAUGAGGCCACACUGAACUUGAUGCUGUGAAAGAUGUCUGUAGGCUUUUCUCUCCACGAGCAGUUCCGUUUCUACACACUCAGUCCAAACGCCGAGGGUGGUCCCUCCCCCCACCCCCCACCCCUAUAAGAGGUGGUUCCGUCAGGAUCAGUGAUCAGCCCCGGCCCACCUCUCUGUGAAUAAAGUGCUGGUGGUCUCCCGUCCUCCGGUGCCCAUGGCUGUGGCAUGGAGAUGGCGACACCAAGGGCUUCAGGCUGAGGACGGCCACGUGGCUUCCACAACGGCACAUUCUACCAUCUCGGGAGCGAGGGCGACUCCACCCCUUCCUCCUAAGAAAGCAUUACUCAACUGCCAGAUACCUCGACUACAGAAAGCACUGUACCCUGCCCUCUCCCGGCCCAUGGCAGAUGGGCAAGCGACGCUGGUAUAGAAACACUGUCCCCGGGGGCCUCGCCUGCUCACUUUGCCUCAUGAGAACCACCCCUUCGAGACUUGGAUGUACUGAAAUGUAUGAGAGUGGGCUGUGGGCACGUUCUCUCCAGCAAGCCAUGGCCUCAGCCACCGCCCUGCCACUUCCUCACCCAGAGAAGGGCUAGGUGUUUCCCUACAACGUCUCCAGCUGGGCUCACGCCAUCAGAAGAGCCUCCAUUCGCACUGGCCGAUCACCUGAUGUCACUUCCUAGAGUGUUUCGGCAGACUCCGGGCCUCCGGGCCUUGCAGAAGGUGGCUGCAGGGGUGCUGAGGAGUGACAGGUACCUCCAGCUCCAGGUUCCUCCCGCCCUGCUCUGCUCUGCUGCCGGGGAAGGGGCCACACCAGGCGGAUCAGAGCUGCUCCCUUUGUGUGGUCGGUGGAAACGGCCUUGGGCCCAUCCUCCCUCUACGUGGAGCAGAGCUGUGUGCUGGUGUUGCCCGUUUGGGGGCCAGUUCGUUAGGAAGUAGGCGUUUCAUUUUCUUGUAAAGCCAUCAGAGACCAAGUCCAGAUGUGCAUUUAGAGUCUUCGGACCACGGGAUGUCAGCCCUCCAGAAUGAAAUUCGAGUCUCACUGAAUUCUAGGUACCGAGUCACGUCGUCAUCUGGUCUUCCGUCCCACCUGAGUUUAGUCCUUAGGACAGGCGCUGAAGCUGUCUCCUGGGGCUGCCUCGACUACCUGUGGUGACGAGGUGGCAGGUAGCCAUCUCUCUCUUGCAACCUCUGGAUCCCCAGAAACUGGAGUCACCCCUCAGCCUGCUUCCUCACGCAGGCAAUUCCCAUAGUGCAGAUCCUGCUGCCACCAACCUCUUAACAACCCAAAGAUCUCACAGGUCCAGCCACUGGCCCCCGAUUUAUAGCAAUAUCCACCUUGUUCAGAUUCUAGCUCAGCCAAAGGAUGGAGGUGGGCUCUUCCACUUAAUCUCCAGGCACCGGAUCUGGCCUUGACCUAGGGAAGGGUCUUGUCUCCUGCUUCCUACUCCUCUGACAGCUGUGGGACUUCCCAGCACAGGCCCGCGGCAGCUGGCAGACCAGGGACCGUUCCUGUCACGUUCUGGGCAGCUCCAGAUGUUUGCCUGCUGACUUGGACACAACUCGUCUCAAGCCACGUGAUUCCCAGGACAGAACGGGUCUUUGCUUUGGCGUACACGGACCCAAGAGGAGACUUCGGGGUUGGCCCCUCCCCUGAGGUCAGCUGGCUUCCCCACCCGAGCCCAAAGGACCGUGUCUCGUGGGUGGUCCUCAGAUUUGGAGUAGCCAGGGGUCUCGAUUCCACCAAGAACAGCGGUGCCAUCCCAGUCAUCAUGAGUGGAUGCUCCUGUCCCAGCAACGUCCUGCCUUCCCUGCGCCUCCGUCAGCCAGCCAGGCCUCCCCCCGGGUGGUAGUUAGAAACCAGGAAACACAAGGGAGGAGCCACCUGCUGCGUCUGCUUCCAGCCCACCUGGCAACCUCGUGCUUGGCCUUCAGAGUGGCUGUUGGCUGGGCAAGGCCUGAUGGCACACUGAGGAGUGUGGGUCUCCAGGAUUCUAGGAAUGACUGUUUGCUUACACCAGGUCCUUAGGCUGCCAGGAGUUCUCUCCUUCGGUUUGCUCCUGUCCUUCGCUUUCAAGAAACACCAGAUCU